AUGGCUUCUCCAAUCACCACUGUUUUAGCCCUAACCAUAAUCUUGAUCUUCCAACUCACGUCUGAAGCUCGCUCUCUCAACGAUCAGAAGCCGACUGAUGAAAUCAAAGUUGAUAUGCCACCACAGUCAGGAUCGAUUCCCGGUAUCCCUGGCUUUAUGUUUCCAUUUCCCUUUCCAUUUCCAUCACAAUCAUCGCCACCUGGAUCGAUGCCCACUUCCCCUGGCGUUAGUUUCUCGUUUUCAUCCCCUCCGGGAUCGAUUCCCGGCUUCCCUGGCUUUCCACAGUUUAGGUUCCCGUUUCCAUUACCGUCACAGUCAUCACCUCCGGGAUCGACUCCCGGCUUCCCUGGCUUUCCGCAAUUUAGGUUCCCGUUUCCAUUGCCGUCACAGUCAUCCCCUCCGGGAUCGAUUCCCGGUUUCCCUGGCUUCCCUGGUUUCCCAAACUUUAGGUUUCCUCCCCUGCCGGGUCUCACGCCGCCACAAUGA